GGGGAAUAUGAAAAUUAGGGCUGUCCCGACUAUUCGACGUAAUCGAUUACGUCGAAGACGUAAAUAAGUCGGCGUGUGCAACAUACCGUCGUUUACGUGAUUUGCAAAAAAAAAAAAAAAAAAAAAAAGUGAUUUGCGCGAGCGGUAGAUGUGCUGGAACAGAAGCGGUAACAAUGGCUGCACGCCCGAGGGUGCCCGAAGAUGAUGAUCAGCCCAAUAAACGGACAAAGACAUCUAAAGUGUGGAGAUAUUUUAAAGAGAAGGCACACGAAGACUUCGUCGUGUGCCGCAUUUGCAAGAAGGAGUUGGCGUACCAUAGCAGCACCACAACUAUGCAUGAGCACAUGAAGCGGCGACAUCCUGGUGUGCUGCUGGAGGAUGACAGAAAACAAGCUGGACAGUCUGGCAUAUUACAGUUUUUCCCAUCCAAAAAAAAAGAUGUGGAAGAGGAAUGCACACCAGAGAGAGCAUCUGUGCUCACUCAAAGCAUCCUCAACAUGAUAAUCAAGGACAUGAGGCCCAUGGCAAUUGUGGAGGGUGUUGGAUUCAGGGAGAUGAUAAACACCUUUCACCCAGGUUACCUGUUGCCUUCCAGACGCCACUUCACAGAUUUGAUGGAGGAAAAGUAUAAGGCUACUCUCGACAAAGUCAAAGCUGAAAUAAAAAAUGCAAACUCAAAAAUAACACUCACCACUGAUUGCUGGACAAGUGUCGCCACCGAGGCGUACUUGGGUAUAACUUGCCAUUUUCUGAAUGAAAAAUUUGAGUUGACCUCAUACGUCCUGACCACCAUGCCACUGGAGGAGCGCCAUGAGGCUGAAAACAUUGCUAAGUGGUUAGAGGAAUCAGUAGAGAAGAUGGGCAUCUCAUUCAAGGAGGACAUCCUGGCCAUUGUGCACGACAAUGCUGCCAAUAUUGUUGCUGCUUUGAGGAUCCUGCAUGAUCGGUAUGGAGUUGCCUCACACAGAUGCGCUGGCCACACCUUGCAGUUGGUGAUAGGUCAUGCCUUAAAGAAAGAUCCACAAAUAAAUAGGACACUUGGGGCUGCAAGAUCACUUGUGGAACACUUUAAGAAGAGUGAGCUGGCCAGCACCAAGUUGAAGACCAAACAGAAGUCUAUGGGUGUUGUAGAGAACAAGUUAACCCAGGAUGUAUCCACCCGUUGGAACAGCUCCUAUUAUAUGGUGAGUCGCCUUCUGGAGCAGCGGUGGCCGGUGGCUGCGGUCUUGUCAGACCCAGACCUCACCAAAAGGGGAAAGCACUACCUCGAUUUGAAGACGAGCCAGUGGGCCCUACUGGAAGAACUUCAGCAAGUUCUGAAGCCCUUUGAGGAAGCCACUACCUUCCUAAGUGCAGAGUUAUGUGACAGUCUCUACACUGCCUCGACUGGUGAAGGGUCUCCAGAAAUCUACUCAGAACAGAUCCUUUGA